CAAAGUCAGCGCGGACGGUAUCCGCUCAGCACUGGAUGAAAACACUCGCUCCGAGUGACACGAGUUUCCGUUGAUCGUCUCCAGCUAAACGUUAAUAAUAGCCCGCAGCUGCUGGAUCUGGGAGCCGUUAGUUUCACCACGACGAGUGUCAACAGCGAUGAUCCCUCAGCUCCGAGGGAACCGACCGACGAACGACUCCGGAGAGGCAAUUAGGAGACACUAAACGAUUACCGGGGACGACUUGGGAUUACGAACCUAGCAGUGAGCGAGUAAACACCGAUGAGAAUGACUCGCCAGGGCACUUCAUCAUUCCAACAUCCUUAACAGCUCCAGCUGGGCGGAGCGUCACGUGUCACCUGGUAUUAAAGCAGUCACGCCACCGUUUUAAUGCUCGUUUAGAAACGUGACCAAUAGAAAUUAUAUGACUUAAAAUGUUCGCAAUUUUUACUUUCAUUAUUUCCCGCAGAAAGCGAUGUUAUUGUACGUUUCCAGCGGGAGGAGUGACGUCACGCUGAGAAACAGCAGCGGACAUGUUUGUAGUUUUUUUCAGCAUCUAUUAAAAAUCAGGACAUAAAAAAUGGAAAUCGCUCGGUUUCGUGCCUUGUUUAAAAGCAAUUGUCGAUAAAGAAAUAUAUACAAAUAUAUAAAGAAUAAUUAUAUGUUUGAGUUAAAGGUGAAGUUAAAGAAUAAUUAUUUGUAUUUGUUUAAGUUACGCAGUAGUAGCUCUGCAACUUUUCUUUUUUUCCAAAAUUUAUUGAUUAUUUUUGGGGAAAUCAAAUGUAGAACGUCAAAUCCAUAAUAUAGAUAUACUGCAUAAAAUAGUAUGUUCUGAGCUUUAAUUUAAUGUCACAGUCAAAAAACUUUACUUGGCUAUGAGGAAUGAAAACUGAAACACACAUCUAAUAAAUGUUAUUAAUAAAAUUCUGCGUGAAAUACUUAUAUUGUUUUUAAUGUUGAGCAUCACAUUUACAGUGAAAUUGUCAUUCACUAUUUAACCACAAGGGUGCAGCAUUUGACCAACUUAAAUCGGCCACCAGCGACUGUAUAUCACAGUUGUUCAUUAAACCUCAGUGUUUUAUAAAUGAAUUAAUUUUUUAUCUAAAUGAGAUUUAGUGCCUGCUUCCUAUGUUCGUUUCGAUUUGGAAGCAGUAAAUAGAUGACUCAUCAUUGUAAAAACCUAUGUAAAACCGACCAAAAAUCCCUUUCUCUCCAUCAAAUUCCAUUGACUUGUACAUUUGUACAAGAGCCAAAAUAACACUUGAUUUGAGCAAUCUCAGCUGCAGUUGGAAGUAAACUCAAGUCAGGCCGUGGGUCAUAAUUCAAAGAAAGAGGAGGAGUUAAACUUAAAGAAAUGUUUUGGAGCGAAUGCAUCACAUAGAAUGAAAGCCAAAGGAUUCUUGCAGCAGCCUGUGCGAUGAAGAGAAAGCGGCAUCUCAAAGAAAGUUACUCUGCCAUGAAACUCUGCUUGACCACUGCCUGCCUGUGGCUGCUGAUUCAACACACCUGUAUUGUCAUGGGGGGAAGAGCUCAGCGUAGACAGAGACAGGCGGAGGAGACUCUGAAACCAUACAUCGGCAGAGUGGAGCCAGAAAAGCUGUGCAAGAUUCUCAAGUGUCACAGUCCUGUGGGCUCAUGGUGCCAGGUGAUCGAAGAAAAUGGGGUUCUGAUCCCAAAGUGUGCUUGUCCUCAAUCAUGUCCACGGCAGAGGGAACCAGUGUGCAGCGUUCUGGGGAAGACCUAUGGGAACGAAUGUCUGCUGCAUAAAGAAGCCUGCAGGAAGAGACGCCGCACCGGACUGGCUCACAGAGGACCCUGUCUGGUCCCCAAGGCCGGCUGCACCAUGGAGGAGCUGGGCCAGUUUCCAUACCGUCUCCUGGAUUGGUUUCUGCUCCUGAGUCGAAUGGGAAAGUUUUACGUCCCCGCUGCCCCCUCUCAGAUCUGCCUGAGCCACCAUCAGAGGCUCCAGCUUGCACAGAAUCAGUUCAUCAUGUUGGACAAGAACAAAGAUGGCAAGUUGAGUCGCAGAGACCUCAGGAAGCUGCAAUACAAACGAAUGCCUCUGGAGCGCUGCGCGGCACAAUUUUUCCAGUCAUGUGACCGAAACAGAAACAGGAAAGUGACCCUGAGAGAGUGGACGGCCUGUCUGGUGGAGCGCUCAGAAGCCUGGGUCUACAGCCACAUGUUGAUACAAAUGGGAUCCAGAAAGCUGUGCUCCCCCGUCGAGGACGAGUCCUCGGACAAAGAGCAAUCAGCAGCGGCCCACGUUUGACCAGCUGCCACAGAAAACACAGAUGAAAAGAUGUAAAGUAAAUGCAUGUCAAGUGAAACCCC